AUGGACCGCUCAGGUUCACCGUCACACCCCCCAGACUACGGUCGACGUCUUUACGGCGACGAUGACCCCGACGACACCCCCCUUGGUCAAGGAAGCACCGCUGCCGCCGUGAGACUGCUAACAUCUAUGGAGGAGCCAAUGCCAGAGGGCCGUCCGUACGUAUCGCCUGAUAUCCUUCGUCCAUCUCCUUUGUGUCUGCCAGCUAGAAAAACUACUGGGUCGCCGCAUGCAACUUCGACCCCAGAGCACAUCUCGUCGCUCAAGAAGCAGGAGGAGGGCACUAGUCCGUCCAAGAAGAACUCUUCUCCUGCAGUCCACUUUGUGUCUGAGACUUCCACUGCGGGGACAUCACCGCGGCGUAAGCCAGUCGCAAGCGACGACGGCCCGGGCAAGCUACCGUCAAGAAACCCAACGGUCAAGCUACAGAAGAAGAUGAAGCCGGCGUAUGUCACGCAGGCCGAGAUUGCGUCGACAUUGCCGGUCAUCCCAGAGGGACUCUCUCCUCGUCGAGCAUCGUUGAGGAAGUCCCUCAGCGAGCCCCCCAGUACUACUCAACAUUCAUCAACAGCAGGCACCAGAAGCUCACCAACAUGUGAAUAUAGUAGCCAUCACACUCGCCACUCAUACCAACCAUCCGUCUUUUCCACACAUUCUCACCGCUCAUCCAUCCUCGAUCCGCCCAACAUGCCGCCACCAGACUCCACGUACAUCCCCUUCCGACCCUUUGAUGAGGAUUCACCACCACGGUCAUGGAGCCCAUCGCGCACGUCCGACUAUGAGAGAAUGCCUCCAGCCCCUGCCCAAUACGAGCCGGCGGAUCUGAACGGCAGCCCACGACCAGGGACCCCAUCUUCAAGAUAUGGCGGAAGCCCUAGAAGGCCUCUGCCCCCAGCACCACUUUUCUCCGGCGGUAGUGCCCGACCUUCAUCUUUUGGAGACGACGCCACUGUCUCCAUCCCGCUGGAGCACGACGACGACGAUGUUUUCGGCCCUGAGUCAUCUGACAUGGGCGACAAAAUGAGACGCGAGUCUUACCUGUCUCGCCAGGAUACGCUGAGCGACGAGCUUGAGUCUCCUAUGGACGAGAAGCUUGGUCACUACGGUCCUGCACCACAAGGGCGACAGCAGCGGCGAGGUGUGCGUGACCCGCAGAUGACCAGGAAGGAGGUCCAGCUUAUCAAUGGCGAAUUGGUGCUGGAAUGCAAGAUUCCGACGAUCCUGUACAGUUUCUUGCCGCGCCGAGAUGAGAUCGAGUUCACGCACAUGCGAUACACGGCUGUAACCUGCGACCCGGAUGACUUCCUAUCGAGGGGUUACAAGCUGCGCCAAAACAUCGGAAGAACUGUCCGUGAGACGGAACUUUUCAUCUGCGUGACCAUGUACAAUGAGGACGAGAUCGGGUUCACAAGGACAAUGCACGCCGUCAUGAAGAAUAUCGCCCACUUUUGCAGUCGCAGCAAAUCGAGGACUUGGGGCGAGAACGGUUGGCAAAAGAUUGUCGUGGCUAUCGUCUCGGAUGGUCGUGAGAAAAUCCAUCCCCGAACACUGGACGCCCUGGCUGCCAUGGGCGUUUACCAGCACGGUAUCGCGAAGAACUUCGUCAACCAAAAGGCUGUGCAGGCACAUGUGUACGAGUACACGACCCAAGUCUCACUCGAUUCCGAUCUCAAGUUCAAGGGAGCAGAGAAGGGUAUUGUUCCUUGCCAAAUGAUCUUCUGCCUCAAGGAAAAGAAUGCGAAGAAGCUCAACUCGCAUCGUUGGUGCUUCAAUGCUUUUGGAAGAGCAUUGAAUCCCAAUGUCUGCAUCCUGCUCGAUGUCGGAACAAAGCCUGGCAGUACUUCGCUGUAUCAUCUGUGGAAGGCAUUCGAUACCGACUCCAACGUCGCAGGUGCUUGUGGCGAAAUCAAAGCGAUGAAAGGAAAGUGGGGAAGCAAUCUGUUGAACCCGCUCGUUGCCUCGCAGAACUUUGAGUACAAGAUGUCCAACAUCUUGGACAAACCUCUGGAGAGUGUUUUCGGCUACAUCACGGUGUUGCCUGGCGCUCUAAGUGCGUAUCGGUACCACGCACUCCAGAACGACGAGACUGGCCAUGGACCUCUCAGUCAGUAUUUCAAGGGAGAGGUUCUGCACGGCCAGCAUGCCGAUGUUUUCACUGCCAACAUGUAUCUGGCUGAGGAUCGUAUUUUGUGCUGGGAGUUGGUGGCCAAGCGUGGGGAGAGAUGGGUACUGAAAUAUGUCAAGAACUGCACCGGUGAAACUGAUGUGCCAGAUUCGUUACCAGAGUUUAUCUCCCAGCGGCGACGAUGGUUGAAUGGAGCCUUCUUCGCAGCGGUGUACUCCCUCAUCCACUUCAAGCAGCUUCUAGCAACAGAUCACACGAUUCCCCGGAAAGCACUGCUACUCAUCGAGUCCUUCUACCAGUUCAUACAGCUCGUCUUUACAUAUUUCUCGCUCGCCAAUUUCUACCUGACGUUCUACUUCGUCGCAGGUGGUAUCGGCGACCCGAAGGUCGACCCAUUUCCGCACAACCUUGGAAAGUACAUCUUUGUCAUAUUGCGCUACGUGUGCGCCCUCCUGAUCGCCGCUCAAUUCAUUCUGUCCCUCGGAAAUCGACCGCAAGGCGCCAAAAAGCUGUACCUGGCCUCCGUCAUCAUCUUCAGCAUCAUCAUGGUCUACACCCUUUUCGCGUCCAUCUACAUUGUCGUGUACCAGAUUACAAAGGGCAGCGGGUUCGAUAUGCAUAGCACCAUCAUGACCAACAUGAUCCUUUCGGUCUUGUCGACAAUCGGCCUCUACUUCGUCAUGUCCUUCAUCUACCUCGAGCCAUGGCACAUGUUUACAUCGUUCAUACAAUACUUUGUCUUGUUGCCGUCGUACAUUUGCACUCUGCAGGUGUAUGCCUUCUGCAACACGCACGACGUCACGUGGGGAACCAAGGGUGACAACGUGAUGAAGACAGACCUGGGUGGUGCUAUCGGCAAGGGCUCGACUGUCGAGCUGGAGAUGCCGUCGGAGCAGCUCGAUAUCGACUCAGGGUACGACGAGGCGCUGCGGAAUCUGCGCGACCGCAUCGAGGUGCCCGAGAGCCCCAUCAGCGAGUCCCAGAUGCAGGAGGACUACUACAAGUCCGUGCGGACGUACAUGGUCAGCUCGUGGAUGAUCGCCAACGCGGUGCUCGCGAUGGCCGUCAGCGAGGCGUACGGCACAAAGCAGGUUGGGGAGAACUGGUACCUUGCCUUCCUGCUGUGGAGCGUCGCGGCGCUGGCGGCGUUCCGCGCUCUGGGGUCUGGGACGUUCGCGUUCAUCAACCUCAUCAACACAAUUGUGGAGGGACGGGUCAAGAUGAGCCUCAAAGUCCCCAAGUGGCUAGGUGGUAUGGGCAGCAAGAUCUCAGACACGCUGAGCAGUGUCGGGAGCAGUGUGAGAAGGUGA